AUGAACUCCUCCCAGUCCAACCAAACAAGCACCGCAGGGACGAAGGCUGCACAAGUGCUAGUAUCUCACAUGAUGGGACCCGUUCUUCCGGCAACGUUCAUCGGGCUCGUGAGCGUGAACAUUCUCUAUACACUAUCGAGCCUUAUUUCCUUCACCGCUCAACUCUUCUUCACGCGGCGAGUAGGCCUCAUUUCUUCAAAGUUCAAAGCGGUUGCAACGAUAUGCGCAGUUUUGCUGACGGUCAAGAUGGUCGCAAGCAUAGUUUACAUGAGUCAAGGUCUCAUGCUCAGGCUUGUUAUCUCUCUAUAUACAUCCCUCCACCUCGCUUUGGGUUGUGCAACGGCGGUGGACGCUUUACUGGCUGCAUCGUACUUAUCCGUGAUCAUCAAGCACCCCGACAGCCGCAAGCGCGAAUCGUCUUGGAUAGCUAUCGUCACGAACUACGUCAUAAACACAGGCGAGUCGUCUUCGAGGGCCCUUAUAUUCUUGUUCAGCCUCGCCACCAUCAUCGUCGCCAGCAUCCCGACGGUGCGCUGGUGGUGGCGCGCCCUCGAGAUAGUGACCGCUCGACUGUACUCCAUCACCCUGCUCAGCAUCCUCAACUCGCGCCAGUUCGUCUUCAGCCGGCGCGUGGAGGUGCGCGGCGACGGCGCGCGCUUCGGGCGCGGGAUCGGCCUCCUCGCGCGCGCGACGCACCUCGCGACGGCGGAGCGCUGGGACGUCCCGCAGCUGCCCGCGGAGGCGGCGCCGGCGACGUUCGACAUCAAGGUCACGACGGGCACGGAGCGGUACGUCGACCCGCUCGAGGAGACGUCGGUCGGGGCCGUGUCCGAGGACGGCUUGGUGGGCAAGGGGGACGUCGAGGACAAGGAAGUGAGGGCGGGCGAGGUGUGA